AUGCUCUCUUACGAUGAGUCAUUCAUGAAGAUAAAACAAUUGGACCUGGUUGAAACUAUUUCAUCAAUGAAGUGUGGAUCAGUUUAUAUCAUCAGGUAUCCAAAUUGUGAAAAGAAUUACGUGUUAAAAUCGAUUCCGAUUGAAAAGUUUAAGCAAAAGGACUAUGAUUAUAUGAUGGAUAGUACUGAUGUCAACACUACAAAAAUAUAUGCAUAUGAAUCAUAUGAAUCAAAUGUUUACAUUUUACAGGAGUUUUGUCCAAAUACAGUUGAUUACAUGAUUAGACGCCAGAAAUAUCUCAACAAAGAACUUUUAGUCAAGCACUCCAUUGCAAUUGCCAAAGCUGUGGCUCAAUUGCAUCAUAAGCAAAAACCACAUUUGAAUCUGAAGCCUUCCAACAUAUUAAUUGAUGAAGAUGAAACUAUUAAGCUCACAGACUUCGGAUAUCCAACAGAUGAUGAGUUUGGAACCUGCGAAAACGAAUUUCUUAAUUCUCUUCCAUUUUUAGCCCCAGAAUAUACAUCAAUUACCAAGCAGGACCCAUAUAAAGCCGAUAUCUGGGCUUUAGGUGUCAUCUUUUAUAUGAUGUAUACGGGUCGUAUUCCAUGGGAUGGAAUAUCCAAAGCAACAAUUGCAGAAAAUGUAUUGAAAGAAGAACCAAACCUUGAUGCAAUUGAUAAUAAAGAGUAUGCUGACAUUAUAGGCAGUUGCUUACAGCUUAAUCCUUCAGACAGACCAAGUAUUGAUGAUUUACUCAAUGUUCCUUUGUUUAAAGGAACAUCAGCCACUUUUAUAAGAAGAAAACGCAGAGAUUCAUUAUUAAUGAGUCCAAUGCGCGUUCUUUCUCAUACUUCUAUGAUUGUUCAACCAGUAACGAAGAGAAGAAUGUCUUCGAUGCUAGUUACCGGUAUGAGUGCUAUGUAA